UCUGGCUCCACCCCAGGGACAACAUCGGGACCUUAGCUUUGGAAUUGGACUUCUGGACUGAGCACAGGAACGUCUCUGUGAGCUCGGGGGGGAAGAGCUACGUCCUGAAUCACUAUUCUGUCUCUUAUGGGGGACCCAGGUAAGGAGCUGCUCUGUCAGCCUCUCAGUUUCUCAUCGUUCACUCUGGUUUGAGGGCCAGUGACUUAGCCCCACGUCUCCGAUGGUGAUACUAAAAGCCCAGGACAAUGCAGGGCUGUCGAAAGACAAGCCGAGGGCAGCUGAGGCAACAUGGCUCAGCCUCCAGCUUGGGCUUGGAGCUUCCUGGUGCCAGGACGCUCGCUUUCCUCCUCCAGGCCUGAGUCUUACAGCAAAGACACGGAGGUCAGGCAUCUGGGUGGGGCUGGGACCCUGAUGUUGUGUGUCAGGCCCCGGUCCCCGGUCUGCUGCUGCCUCGUCAUCACAGGGGACCGGGAAGCUCUGUGGGCUGAGCUCAAGGCUGGGGCCGAGUCUGGCUGGGACUUCUCCUCGCGUUGGCUCGUCAAAGGCCCGAACCCCAACUUGCCGAGCAGCAUCCGGACCAGCAAACUCGUGCCUGUUGAUCUCAAUGCCUUCCUGUGCCAGGCAGAGGAGCUGAUGAGCGACUUCUACUCCAGACCGGGGAACGACCUCCAAGCCACAAAAUACAGAAAUAUGCGGGAACAGCGCUUGGCUGCCAUGAAAGCCAUCCUGUGGAAUGAGAAAGGUGCCUGGUUUGACUAUGACCUUGAGAACAGAAGGAAGAACCUUGAGUUUUACCCAUCCAACCUUAGUCCUCUCUGGUCUGGCUGUUUCUCUGACCCGGGAGUCGUGGACAAGGCUCCCAAAUAUCUGGAGGUGAGGGGGGUGGGGGCAGCAGGGCGGGCUGGUAUACUGGGGGCAGAACCACCUGCUCUCUCCCUGACUCUGAGCUAGUGACCUCCACUCCCUCCUGCUCCACCCCUGUGCCUGAGCCUGCAGGUCCCGCUGGAGCCACCAGGGGGCGGCAGUGAGCCAAAAAGAGAAAGUCCAGGAAGGGGACCAUCUGGCUUUAGGAGGGCCCGGCCCCUUGGCUCCUCAUCCAGUCCCCACCCACGGUCCGAGAAAUGUCUGGAACCUUCUAGGACAGCCAGAUCUUGACCUACCAGUGUGGG